AAACUUUUACUACCAUAUUUAAACGUUUGUUGAAACUGUACAUGUCAUACAACACAAUGACUCAACCGAGAAUUGAGGGGAGUUUAGUUCGCUACUACUGCACCGCCGGGAACGGAAUGGAGCCUUUUUUAAUCGACGAGGUGAAGAGGAAGCUGUCAGCUGAAGAUGUGUGUCGGGUGCCAGGUAAAGUGUUGUUCAGCUCCUCUGCUGGGGUCAACAGAGUCACUGAGCUGAAGACUGCAGAGAGACUCUUUCUCCUUUUGAAACAAGACUCACCUGUGCGUCUGUCUGCCCACACCAACCCAGCAAAAGCAGCCUCUGUUUUGCAGUCCAGACUGUUGGGUGACAGGGAUCAGUGGACCAGUGCUGUAAUGACAUGGAGCCGCCUGCAGGGGGAGCUGGCAGAAAGAAGAACUGUUGUGAACACGCCAAGCACUGGCCAGGGAGUGACAAGGAAGAGGGAGGAGGGGAGAGGGAGUGAAGAGCUUGAGAGAGAGAAGGUACAGAGAGGGAAAUCAAUGAGCAGAGAAACCUGUGGAGCUGAAGCCCCAACACCAGAGAGAAAGAGAAAGAGGGAUGAUGAAGAAAAUGAGUCGAAUGGAGCCAAAAAUGCAGAGAAACAGAGGACAGCUGAGAGAGAAGGAAAUAGACGGUAUGAAGACGAGAUGGUUGUGCAGUUUGGUUGCUGUGGACAAAAUGGAAAAAAAGGACUCACAUCAGAAACAGAUUUGUAUAACAAAGGAUCAGAUUGUGUUCCUGCAACACAAGAGCAAGACCACAAUGUGGAAAGAAGCUGCAUGAAGACGAAUGGCAUGGCUGAGGACUUUCUUGUAAAAAAUGGGGAACAUGCAAAGACUACUGGAGGAAGAGAUAAGACGCUGCUGCAAACUAGCAGGAUCCAACCAGAGCCGCCUUCUCCUGUCCCGGUCUCUUUUAGGGUCAGCUGCAAGUGUACUGGAUCAUUGUCCCGAUACUUCAGCACACAGGAGGUGAGCAAAGUGAUUGGAGUAGGUCUGAGCAGAGAGCUGGGCUGGAAGACUGACCUGAAGAAUCCACAGUUAGAGGUAAAUGUUAAUUUGAGUGAUGACCAUUGCCUGCUGGGGAUUCCACUAACCAGGUUGCCUCUGGCUAACCGCAGCUACAUUAAAACCACAGGACUGAGGUCAACUGUAGCCUGGGCUAUGACCUCUCUGGCUCAGAUACAGCCAGGCUUUUGUGUGGUCGACCCAAUGUGUGGAGUGGGAACCAUCUUAAUAGAAGCAGCACAGGAACACAAGGCUGCCUGUUUUCUGGGUGUGGACAUUGAUGAUGGACAGCUGCAGAAGGCAAAUGAGAACAUAGAGUUUGCAGAGCUGGGGAGCAGGAUACACCUGCUGAAAACUUCAUCUAUGACGCUGCCUCUGCCCAGCGCCUGUGUCGAUGCUGUAGUCUGCGACCUGCCAUUUGGCAGGAAGUUUGGCACUAAAACAAACAUGGCUGCCAACCUGCCAUUCAUCCUCAGUGAGAUGGAGAGAGUCCUCUGUAUCGGUGGUACCUUGGUUCUCCUUCUGAGUCCUCAGCUAUCCAGUCUGCUGAAAAAACUCCUGGCACAGAAAGACACUGGACCAACAUCUAGCCAGGGAACAAGGCCUGAAACUGGGAAACAAGACUGUCCAUCUCCGUCUUUAUCCACCACAAAGGAGCAGACAUUCCAAAUCCACCGGGGGGUCGUAUCUCCUCCUACUCAGGAUACAGACCCUCAGCCUGGGUUACAACACAGUCUGCCUUCCCCUCUCUCCUCCCUGAAACACCAGACAACUCUCAGAGUCAGCUUAGGUGCGAUAGACGGACUUAUCCAUAAAUAUGUCAAGACAACCACUUGAUCAGUGCUGGUGAAAGUUAGAUUCACUUUUUUUUUAUUGUACUAUGUUUCUUUCAUGUUACUUGUUAUGAAAAAUAAAUUUUUAUUUUGAAAUGUCA